AUCGCGCUCGUGACCUCGGGCGGCACCACCGCGCCGCUGGAGCGAACCGCGGUGCGGUUCGUCGACAACUUCAGCAGCGGAUCCCGCGGCGCCGCGAGCGCCGAGUACCUGCUCCGGGCGGGGUACGCCGUCGUCUUCCUCCAUCGCGAGGGUUCGCUGCGACCCUUCGACCGCAAGAUCCCCGACGCCGCGAGGUGGUUCUACGACAGCCUCAUAGACCUGGGGGGCCACUUCGACAUGAUCAACCGGGGAACCUUACUCGCGGUGCCGUUCACCACCUUGUUCCAAUACCUCAACCUGCUCAGGGCCCUGUGCACGGAGAUGAGCUCGGUGCCGAAGCCGCGGCGGGUCAUGGUGUACCUGGCGGCGGCGGUGUCGGAUUUUUACGUGCCCUGGGAGAGGCUACCGACGCACAAGAUUCAGAGCAGAGAGGCUGGCGACGCGGGUCCGAGCAACUUACCCGGCAUUGACGCCACCGACGACGGCGGCGUCGUCAUCCGGCUGUCGCAGACUCCGAAGAUGCUGGGGCACGUGCGGUCGGCGUGGUGCCCGAACGCGUUCGUCGUCGGGUUCAAGCUGGAGACGGACCCGGACAUCCUCCUGGAGAAGGCCAAUAGAAGUCUGGUCAAGUACCGGAUGCAUCUGGUGGUGGCGAACGAGAUGCACAGGCGGAAAGACAGGGUCGCGCUGGUGGAACCCGAGGGGAAAUCGACGUGGGUGAACCGGCCUGCUGAUGUGGCGGACAUAGAGGAGCUUCUGAUCGGGGAGCUGGCGCGGCGCCACGCGAAGUUCGUGGAAGAG